AUAGUUAUUAAACAAAAUAACUUAAAAAUCAUGUAUUUGUAUGCACUUUUUGCAUGAGCUCAUCCGAGGCAGCUUCAGGGUGCGUGCGUUUCUCCCCAGCCCGCCAGGCCACGCCCCUUUAUGCUAAUCACCGCUUCCCAUUGGACGCGUCAGGGUGAGCGAGUCGUCUCUGAUUGGCCAGGUCGAGGCCAUUUAUUUGCUGACAGCCGCGUCACUUGAAUGGUCGUCUAUUAACUUGUUCCAAAACUACCCGGACUUGUCAGGCGUACACACGCGGGGGAGAAAAAAAAAAAAAAAGUCCCAGUUUUCUCUUUUUUGGCGACGAGGGAAGAAGUUUUUGUGGACACGGACCGAGCAGUGCGAAGGAGAAGGGAUAAAGUGUGUGUGAGGGAUAUAGUGUGUGUGUGUGUGUGUGUGUGUGUGUGUGGCGGCUUCCAGGCUUGUUUUUUUUUUUUUUUUUUUUUGAGGGGUGCCAAAAAAAGGACAAACUUUUCAGAGUUCCAGGUAACUUGUUUGGACUUUCACCUGCUCGGUGAAAAGAGAAAUAGAAGAAAAAAAAAAAUUUUUUUCCCUGAUGUAUAACAUGAUGGAGACCGAUUUGAAGCCCCCCGCGCCCCAGACUAACACGGGGGGUCCGGGCAACCCCAACACGCCCGGAACCGGCGCCAACCAGAAAAACAGCCCGGAGCGGGUGAAGAGACCCAUGAACGCCUUCAUGGUGUGGUCCCGGGGCCAGAGGCGGAAGAUGGCGCAGGAGAACCCCAAAAUGCACAACUCGGAGAUAAGCAAGCGCCUCGGCGCGGAGUGGAAACUUCUCUCGGAGAGCGAGAAGCGGCCGUUUAUCGACGAGGCCAAGCGGCUGCGGGCCUUGCAUAUGAAGGAGCACCCCGACUACAAGUACCGGCCCCGGCGGAAGACCAAGACGCUCAUGAAGAAGGACAAGUACACCUUACCGGGCGGGCUCCUGGGUCCCGGCGGGAACGGCAUGGGCGCCGGGGUCGGCGGCGUCGGCGUCGGGGCCGGGCUCGGCGGAGGCGGUGUCGCCCAGCGUAUGGACAGCUACGCGGCGCACAUGAACGGCUGGACCAACGGCGGCUACGGGAUGAUGCAGGAGCAGCUGAGCUACCAGCACCCGGGGCUGGGCGCGCACAACCCGGGCCAGAUGCAGCCCAUGCACCGCUACGACAUGAGCGCGCUCCAGCAGUACAACAGCAUGACCACGCAGGGCUACAUGAACGGCUCCCCGACUUACUCCAUGUCCUACUCGCAGCAAGGCGCGCCCGGCGGCAUGACGGCGCUGGGCUCCAUGGGGCCCGCGUCCGGGGUCAAGUCCGAGUCGAGCAGCUCCAGCCCGCCGAUCGUCACCUCGUCCUCCUCCUCCUCCUCGCACCGGGGCGCGCCGGGCUGCCAGAGCGGGGACCUGAGGGACAUGAUCAGCAUGUACCUGCCCGGGGCGGAGGUCAGCGAGCAGACGGCCCAGACCAGGCUACACAUGUCCGGCCACUACCAGAGCACCGUGCCCGGGACGACGAUCAACGGCACGCUGCCAUUAACACACAUGAAGCUGUAGAGGAAGAUCUUCACCUCUUCACUGCUGGAUGAAGUUUGCCAGACGAGAAAGUGGGAGUCGCAAUCAAAAUGUUUUAUUAUUGCAAUCACCUAUUUUUUUUUUUUUUUGUACAGUAUUUAUCAACAAAAAAAAAAACAUUACAAUCAGAUGACAUAAUUAACCAUCAAGAGGUUGCAUCGUUUUUUAUUUUUAUUUUUUAAUAUCUUCCCCUUUAUUUUUUAUUAUUAUAUAACGUCAUAUAUAACAAAGCCAGUUUGGCCCGAAACUGAACAAUUGCUCAUUUACAUGGGAAAGAAAAAGGGACAAAAAACGAAACAGGUAAUAGUUUUUUUUUUCUUUUUAAAUUAAGGUCAAAACUAAAAAAAAAAAAUAUUGUAAUAAUACUCCCCUCAUCCCGCUCAUACAUCAUUAAAAAAAAAAAAAGUUAAUUUAUAUUCCCCCGUCUCCCACUUUUCAUCCGUUUGAGGUAUGGCGCUUGUGCUCUUUAUUUUUCUUAUUGAUUUGUACAAUUUCUGUAUAUUUACUGUGAUAUUUUAUGUUUUUAGCUCAUCAUUCAUUUUCCGUAGUUGUAUUUAAAAACAAACAAAACAAA